AUGCCUCGCAACUUCUUCUGCCGUGACUCGACGACCGAAGAAACGGGUCGACGGCUGGCGAUACAGCGGCGAAUCGAAGCGCUCGUUUACCACCUCGACGAAUCCGUCAACUGGCGGCACUGUGUCCCCGGCGCCGACCGCGCAUGGAAGGGACAGUAUAUCUGGCAUGAACACGAUCCUCAGACGGUGACGGUCGCGAACGCCGGCAUCCUCCUCUCGCUCGAGGUUGCGAAUGCGAGCGUGCCGGUCCUCGUGCCUCCUCUCCUGCCAACGCAAGGCGAGAGUAUCACGCUCAACAGCGCAGACGAGUGGACCUACCAAGAUUGCGGCUUUUUGGCGCAAAAGAAGACCAAGAUUCUGCGCAAGAGCGAGUGGUUGUUGCGCGCCAAACGUAAUCCGCGCAACCCGCCCAUCUUUGUCGUCUUCCGUCUGCUGAAUCCCGACAACAGCUUCUCCACAGAAGCACACCCUCGCUCUCUCCGUGUCGCCUCGAAGCCUCCCUCGUACUUCAACGACCAUUCCAGAGUCGAACGCCGCGACCUCAGUCCGACCGCACCGCCUUACACAGAGACGCACAGUCGUUCCAAGGCGGAUUGGAGCGACGAGGACAAGGCACUGUUCGCUCUGCGGGUCACGGCGUUCUUGGGUGUGCAUGGGCGAAAGGUGCGGUUUCGCGGAGCGCCGACCAGCGACACGCCAAUGAAGAUUGAGUAUUCCAACAGCACGCACGACGCAGUGACGAUCACGAACACCGGCGUCUGGCGAGCCAUCAUACCAUCCGUCCCCGGACGGUCAAACCGCGUUCCGCUCCUGACGGACCUCGAGAAAGGCGUCCGGGUGUACGCGUACGUCUUGCCGGGAACGGAUCGCACGGGACCUGGGUCAGUUGCGGUGAAGUACAGCGGUGAAGGGUGGGAUCCUCGACUGCGACCUCUGGCCGGCGACGAGUGGACCUACCAGUUCCGCUCUGGCGUUUCCCACAACAACCGCCGCGACGCUCUUCACCAAACGACCGAGACGGACUGGGUGGUCGUAUCGCGAGCGGGAGACAGACAGCCUACUUCUGUUAGGUUUGUCGCGCCGGCGAACCCGUUCGUGCCGGGUGAAAGAGGGGAGACGGGAUUGAGUACGCCUCAUGUGUUCAGUCUGCGCAAGCCACGGCUGUAA